AUGUCGCUGGCAUUCGCACUCGAGAAACGCGUCGCAAUCUCGGCUGUCGUCCGUGCUUGCUCGCUGACGUCUGCCGUCUUCCAGCGAUUGGUCAAAAACGAGACACUGACAAAAGGUGACAAGUCUCCUGUGACCGUGGCAGACUUUUCCGCCCAAGCCGUCGUAAACUCGAUCCUUGCAAACGCAUUCCCUGCGGAUCCCAUCGUCGGCGAAGAAGACUCGGCCGAUCUGCGAGUUUCUACAGCUGAACAAUUGCGAACGCACUUGACAAGUCUUGCAAAUGAUGCCCUUCAUCUCCCGAUUCGAACCGGAGAAGACGCCGCCUGGGGUAUCGGUCCCGACGCCCCUGUUCGCUCAACAGACGAGCUCCUGUCCAUCAUUGACAGAGGAAACCAUGUAGGAGGACCCAGUGGACGCAUGUGGGCUUUGGAUCCAAUCGAUGGUACCAAGGGAUUCCUGAGAGGCGGUCAAUACGCCGUAUGCUUGGCCCUCAUCGUUGACUCGGUCGUCCAAGUUGGCGUCAUGGGCUGCCCAAAUCUCCCCAUCUCGAGUGCAAACCCCGAUGGUGAAAGAGGAUGCAUAUUUGUUGCUGUACGCGGCCAAGGUGCAGAACAGCGAUCGUUAAGUGACCUGUCGAUUCGCACACCACUCAUCCAUGCACCCGUACUGCCCCCACUCUCGUCAAUUGCAUUGCUCGAAUCACUAGAAGCCGCCCACUCGUCCCACUCCUUCUCGGACAGACUCUCAAAACACCUUGGCCUCACAGCCUCACCACUACGAAUGGACAGUCAAGCAAAAUAUGCUUGUCUCGCUCGCGGCGAGGGUGGCAUUUAUUUCCGUAUGCCCGUCAAAGGCAGCGGAUACAGGGAGAAAAUCUGGGAUCACGCGUCUGGCACAGUCCUCGUCGAAGAAGCCGGCGCCAUCGUCUCCGACUCGCGUGGAGAACCGCUCAACUUUGGCUUGGGAAUAACACUAGGAGAAAACAAUGGCAUUGUUGCCUGUUUCAAAGGAAUUCACCAGCGAGUCCUCGAUGCGGUCACAAAGGCACAGGCAGAAGAGCAAGACUAA